AUGGACUCCGAAGGCGGCGAGAGCUGCUCCGCGAUCUGCGCGGAGCAGCCGUUCGACGUUCGAUUCCAUCCGACGAAGAACGGCGCGCUGUUCUGCGCGUCCCUCGUCACCGGCGAGGUCGAAGUGUGGGAGCACUCCAUCGAGGACGAGGCGUGCACCCUCCUCAAGACGCUGAAAUGCCACGACGACGCGUGCCGCUCGAUCGCGUUCGCGAACGACGGCGCGCUGCUCCUGUCGGGGGGCUCGGACCGAUCCAUCCUCGCGUCGGACGUCGCCACCGGCGCGGCGGUCGCGCGGCUCGAGAACGCGCACAAGGCGGCGAUCAACAAGCUCGUCGCCCUCGACGCGAACAUUCUGGCGACCGGGGACGACGACGGCGUCGUCAAGGUGUGGGACACGCGGACGCGACGCGCGUGCGGAUCGUUCGCGCCGUUCGUGGAUUUCGUCUCGGACAUUUACCACGUCCCCGCGUCGGCGGCGGCGGACGUGGACGACGCGGUCGCGAACGCCGCUUCCGCGGCCGCGGGUAACCCGGCAGGGACGCUCGUCGUCGCCUCCGGCGACGGCACGAUCGCGCACCUGAACCUCGCGACGUGGAAAGAGCUCGGGCAGAGCGACAACCUCGAGGACGAGCUGCUGUCGUGCUGCGUGAUGAAGCACGGGAAAAAAGCCGUCGCCGGGUCGCAGGGCGGCAUCUUAAACAUCUUCGACUACGGCGAGUGGGAGGACAUAAGCGAUCGGUUCCCCGGGCACCCGAGCAGCAUCGACGCGAUCGUCAAGGUGGACGAGGACACCAUCUUGACCGGCAGCGCGGACGGAUUGAUUCGCGUCAUCAACAUUCAUCCGAAUAAGAUGUUGGGGCUCGUGGGCGAACACGGGGAGAUGCCCGUGGAGCGGAUGGACCUGAGCGUCGGGAACCAGUGGCUCGCGACCGCGUCGCACGACCGGAGCGUGAAGUUGUGGAGCGUCGGGUACUUGUGGGAGGAAGACGACGACGAGGACGACUUAAAGGAGAAGGUGGGCGAGGAGGAGGAGGAGGAGGAGGAGGAUUCCGACGACUCCGACGACGACGGCGGCGGCGGUAAGCGGAAGCGGAAGCAGGGGAAAAAGAAGAAGGGGAAGAAUAAGGUCAAGGACGCGCACGCGGCGAGGGCGGACGCGAAGAAGCGCACCGCAAAGAAGUUUUUCGAGGGGCUGUAG